CGCUGCGCCGCGGCGCUCGUCGUCAGCGACGCGGCGGUCCGCUGCGACGAAGACGGCCCCUGCGUCGCGUCCGUGGCCGUGGACUGCGCGGCGAGCCACGCGGGGCUGCCCUGCAAGUCCGCGCGCGCGCUCGAGGCGUCGCUCGCGGCCGCGCCGCGCGCGCGGUGGCACGUCCGCGUCAUGGACGACACCUACGUCGACGUCGACGCCCUCGCCUGGCACCUCGGCGACCUCGACGACGCGCAGCCCUGGUACGUCGGCGACACCGUCGCCGUGCCGCGCGAGGGCGCGGGCCGCGCGGACCAGGGCAGCGCGAGAGAGCGAAAUUCCCAACUUCAAAGGCUCCGAUCUCGGCCACUUUCCACUCGCGCGGACGGCGCGACGUUCCGCGUCGCGCUCGGCGGCGCGGGCUGGGCGCUGAGCGGGCCCGCGGCGGCGCUCGCGGCGGCGCACCUCGACCUCUACUUUUCGCUGGCGAGCGGCAUGGUGCGCGCCUCCGACGGCGGCCGCGAGUGGGCCCUGCCCGCGUCCCGUCUCGGGCGGGCGCUCGCCGACGCGGGCCGCGGCAUGCGCCUCGACAGCCACAUCGCCGACGACGUCUUCUUCGGCACGUUCAUGGCCGCGCUGGGCGUCGGCGCCGCGGGCCCGCGGGGCUUCACGCAGGCGCCCGUCGACGCGCGCGGCGGCGUGCCGCCGUGCGGCCCGGCGGCCGCGGCGGCCGCGGAAUCGCGCGGCCCGGACGACGCGGACUGCGGCGACCCGCAGCGGCACCACGACCUCGGCGCCGUCUGGCUGAGCGACCCGGCGACGGGCGCGCUCGUCGAGGUCGACGACCUCGUCGCCGCGGGCUCGUGCCGGCGGCCGUUCGCGCGGCCCGCCGUCGUGCACCUCGGCGACGAGAUCGGCGGCUUCAACAACGCGCGGUGGCGGGGCCAGUUCGGCGACCUCCACCGCGCGCUGGCCGACGGCACGGCGGUCGUCGCGACCUACGAACCGUGCGCCGGCGCCGGCGAGGAGUUCUUCGCGGCGGCGGUGGAGGAGCCCGCGCGCGCCGGCGGCGCGGCGCCGGCGGGCCUCGCGCUGAACCCGGGCGCGUCUCCCGACGACGCGCGGUUCCUCGACGGCGACCUGAGCCGGCACCUGAAGCCGCACCAGGAGCGGGGCGUGCGCUUCAUGUGGGAGCGGUGCGUCGGGCCGGCGGAGGAGGGCGACGCGCGGGGCUGCGUCCUCGCGGACCACAUGGGCCUCGGGAAGACGCUCCAGCUCAUCUGCGUGCUCAAGAGCUGGCUCGGCGGCGGCCCGCCGCGGCGCACGGCCCUCGUCAUCGCCCCGGCCUUUGUUUUAUCGAACUGGCUCGGCGAGAUCGAGCGCUGGCUGCCCCGGGACCGCGCGCUGCGGCCGCGGACGCUGCCCGCGGCGGGCGGCGCGGCGGCGCGCCUCGCGGCCGUCGCCGCGUGGCAGCGCGAGGGCGGCGCGCUCCUCGUGGGCUACGAGAUGUUCCGCAUGCUCGCGGGGGGCGCCGGCGCCAGGGCCGAGUUCGUCGCCGCGCUCUGCGACCCGGGGCCCGGCCUGCUCGUGCUCGACGAGGCGCACCGACUGAAGGAGCCGCGGAGCCAGCUCUACAAGGCCAUGGGCCGCAUCCGCACGCGGCGGCGGGUGCUGGCCAGCGGCUACCCCGUGCAGAACCGCCUCGACGAGUACUGGGCCCUCGUGACCUUCGCGCGGCCCGCGGCGCUCGGGUCCUACGACCG